AUGAAACUUCUAUAUGGUACUGUAUAUAAAAUUCUUAAACGAAGAUGUUUUCGUAAAUUAAGUAAUAUAUUACCAGAAUCAACAAAUCACACCCAUAAUAUAAAUAUAUCAAAAUUUGAUCGCACUAUUCCUAUUAGAUCGCGGGAAUUUACAUAUUUCUCUCACUUACAACCGCGAAAAUUCGUUAGUUAUGCUGGAAAUACCGCAUAUGAGAGAUGGAAUCCCAACUUCAAUUUCUACAACUACGCCGGACUACUGGGUUUGGGAUGUAUUGUAUCCCUUUUUUACGAUAAAAAGGAUAACUCUGUAACUAUUGGUGAGAGAUUGGAGAACUUUUUUAACAAUUGUACGGAGAAAGCCACAUCCUUAAUUGACAAAUUUUUUCCUCCAAAUAAUGAGCCUUUACUUCCUGACUUUAAGGAAUUGAAUUAUCCACCAAAUCUGCCAACGCUGGUGAUUGAUGUGGAUAAAGUUAUUGCCAAGCUGGUGUACGAUAGGCGCGUGGGUUGGCAAGUGGUGAAACGCCCGGGGGCAGAUAAUUUUUUCAAGGAACUGGUGAAUUAUUAUGAAAUUGUCAUUUGGUCAGAUGAUAACUAUCCUAUGGCUUCGGACGUAGUUUACAAAUGGGGAUUGCCAGUUAUUGGUUGUAUACACCGUGACCAAUGUAAGAAAUUUAAGGGCAAGUUUAUUAAAGAUCUCAGUAGAUUGGGCAGGAAUUUAAACCGUACAAUAUUAAUUGAUCACGAAAAAACGGCAACUAUGAUGCAACCAGAAAACUCGAUAAUUAUAAGGGAAUUUAAUGGUAGCGAAGAUGAUGAUGAACUGAAAUUGCUUAUUGACAUGUUGAAAAGUAUAGCAAUUAACCCUCAAGAUGUAAGGGCUCAGAUCAAAAAUUUGGGCGGGGGUGAUGAAGAUAUAGGGAGGAGAUAUCAAGAGAAUAAGGAUCAAAUUGACAAAAUUUCAGAGUCUAGGAGGCGGCUUGGUAGAUCACUCGGGUUUUCCACAAACAAUGUGUUCAAACAUAACAGACAUUAG